AUGUCCUCAGCACACCGACCGACAUGGGCGCCCGCGCAGGGCAAAGAAGGGCGCCAGAACUCGCGCUCCUUCUCGGCUCGCGACAUUGCCGCGCACACGAAGCUCAAGUUCCGCCAGCCGGGUCAGGGCACGACGUCCGAGACUUCGAGGCGGGACUUGAAGGCUGAGCUGCUCGCAGCGGAGCGUGAGGCUGCGGCGAGGAAGGCAAAGGGCGAGAGGGGCUAUGUUGCGGAUCAGAAACUGCUGGCGUUGCAGUCGGCGCAGGACAAGGAGGAGUCGGAUGCGGCGAGCGAGAGUGCGGCAAAGAGGAGGAAGCUCCUGCAGGAGGCGGCGGACCUCGACAAGGACGACUCGGACGACGAGGAGAGCGAGGAGGAGGACGGCGCGGACAAGGGGAAGGGCAAGGCCGUCGAAGCUGCCAACGACGACGAUGACGACGACAGUGAUUCGUCGGAUGAUGACGAUGAAGACGAGACGGCCGAGCUGUUGCGGGAGCUCGAAAAGAUCAAGAAAGAGCGCGCAGAGGAGAAGGAGCGGCAGGAACGGGAACGAGCCGCGACAGAGCAAAUGUCGCGCGACGAGGAGAUCGCGACCGGAAACCCGCUUCUGAACCUUCAGGCCGCACUCGGACGCUCGCCAGCACCGUCAACCAUCUCGGAAUCGAGCGCGGCAUCGUUCGGGGUCAAGCGCCGUUGGGACGACGACGUUAUUUUCAAGAACCAAGCCCGGACGGAGGACAAGCCCAAGCAGGAGUUUUUGAACGAUCUCGGGCGCUCACAGUACCACAAGGCCUUCAUGAAGCGAUUCGUCGCUUGA